AUGGCACAGAAUGAAGAGAAAACGAGUGAUAUGGCCAAGAGAAUGUUCAAUUCAAUGAAAAAACGAAAAAUGGUCGAAAAAGCAGAAGAUACCCCAAGUACAAGUGAAGAAACAAACUCAAAUGAUAUGUCAGAGGAAUCAGAAGCGAAUUCAGAAAAAUUGAGGAAAAAGGCCAGAGAGGCAUUAUUGAGGGAAUCAGCCAGAGGCAAGGAACGAGCUGAACGAAUGGGAUCUCAGGGAUGGUAAGGGUAAUUUGAAGUACAUAUCAGAAACAGCAAUAACUUUUUCUACAAAUUAAAAAAUGGAUAGGAUUUUUUACAGUAUUAAAAUGGCAAAAACUUUGUUUACAAAGUUAACAGAAGCAAAAACUUAUUUAAAAUUGUUAAAAUAUAUUAUUUUAGCCUAAGAAUAUCAAAAAUAUAUUAUUUUUAGUUUUAACUUACUCUGAUGUACUUUUGCUUUGACAUAUUUGUGAACUCUUAUUAUAACAUGGCACAAACUUAAAAAUAAUGUUAUUUUAGGGUCAAACCAAAGUCAUUGAAUACCAAUAAAGUCUUCUUAUCCCGUGUGUUACAAUCUACACUCUCUUCAGGUAAAAUUCACAAACAUAAGAAGAAAAGGGAAUUGAAAGAUAAAUAA